AGUAAACAAAAAUAACGAACUUUUGCAUUUCAAUGCGCCUUUUUCGUGCACUUUUUGUGAUAAUUUACGCCUAGAUCGCGGAAUUGCGAGUGGAAAGUGACGAAGGAUGGAGUCUCCUGCCACAUACGGACCAGAUGAGUCAAGUCAUCAUUCAACGUACUUUACGCCACAACAAAUUGACCAGAGCAACGUCACACAAUCCAGUCGGGGAUCAAAAGACGACGACGAAAACAUCUGUUUCGACAGCAAAUUCGAUGUAACCGGUAGCACGGCACUCGCCGAAGAGGUAUGUACCAAGUCACGUGUCUGUGAAGAUGUUGUCCCGUGUUCGGUGAAUGGUAAUUGUGAGCAAACAGACGAAAACCAGACGCCGGCAAAAGAGUUUUGUUGCUGCCCGUACUCCGUGGUCCGUAGAAUGAGUGAACCGGAAACGGAAUAUUUGGAUUUUAAUCGAACGACGUGCAACGACUUUGACGAAAACUGCUUUUGUCACGAAAGUGACGACAUGUCGUCGUCGAUUUCGACGCAUAAGCCGCGGAAAAAUGUCGUUACGCGGAAUUACAGCACGAAACGACGCAUGAUCAAGAUUCGGAUCAAGACGAGUAGCAGCAAGGAAUGCAGCGUGGAUGGCGAAUCGACGGAAAAUGGCAUCAAAAUUUGCAUUUCGCCGCGUGAAAGAGACAUCCGCAAGAAAAAUGAGAACAAUAACCACGAAUAUGCCUUGAAUGAAACGUAUAGCAUCACAAGUAGUCGCAGGAUAUCGACCACAACGACGGCUUCGGAGGUAGAAUCGAGCGUCGAAACGGACUACGAGUUCCGAAAAAACCUGAAAAACGAAUUAAAACGAUCGCCGGCAGCAGUUAAAGUCCUUAAUUAUCUCGAAAGUUUGUCAGAAGCGCGAAAAAAGUCUCCGGAGCACGUUUCAAACAAGCGAAAAUCCGAAAAUAAUCGAAAAUCUGACAGGCAACGACGAUCAAAGACCCCCACGAAUCGCGCGCCAACCCCGCAAUCCAUCAAAAGUGCCGAAGACGAGGAAUUUCACGAUUGUCGAACAAUUUUCUCCGAAACGGACGCCACUUCUGACUACGAAGACACCACAGAUUCCUUCGAGACGUCGCAAGGCGAUGAAAAACCCGUGAAAAAAGACGCUCCCUUGAUCACGAUCACGCAAGAAAUGUCGGCGCAGAUGGUUGUGACCUCCAAAUUCGAGAUAAACAAGGAAAAGUUGAAGCGCAUGAACGAAAAACGCGAAAGUCGAGAGCGUCGUCAAAGCAAAGAAUCACGCGGGAGUCCCGAUAAAAUCAUCGAUGACAAUUUUUGCAACGAAAUUCUCGAUAAAAUGAACCAGUUGGGACUUGAACAGCGGAAUUUCAGCAAAAAACAGGAUUCUAGUCCGGAAUCGCAGCGACAAUCGAACGACGAUGACGACACGGAAUGCGAUGAAAAAUUGCCGUUCGAUACGACGCUGGAGACGUCAACUACAUCGACGCAUAGUUUGGGUCCGCAAAAGCCUCCGCGAACGUUCGCCUAUCGCCGAAGCCAAGAUAACGCCGAAAAAGUGCCAAAAUUGCCACGGGAGCUCCGCAUGAGCCUCGAAUCGCUCGACAUGUAUCUGUAUGAGGAGAUGAAGCAACUGAAAUUGUUCAAAUUCAAUCAAAGCAGAAAAUCUGUGAAUAAACCGCCGCAAAUGCAAGUGACGGAAAAUAAUUACGUCGUUGCCGGAUGGAAAGUCUCGUCUCCGCAAAGUGCCAAAAUCACCGAAGUGCCUCCUCAAUCUCCGCCAAAAAUCGUGAAAAACAACGAAAUCGGGUGGAAAACGCCCGUAAAUUCCCCGAAAAAAGUCUCUCCGGGCUGGAUUCAUUCGCAACAACCAGCAAUUCCCGAAGAAAUUGUCAAUAUGUUGCAUUAUUCCGACGACGAAGCGAAGAAACAGCGAAUUUUGUCGUCAAAUUCACGCGCAGAGCCACAACGACAGCACCCAAAAUAUCCGUGUAACAGUCCAAAGCAACAACUUGGACCAAAACUCGAUAUCGAUACAGUUGACGCGAUAACUGUUCACACGCCCAGCUCGUCAUCCAAUCAACGUUUCGAAGAUUUUGCCAACAAUCCACGUGCCCGAAGCACUCCGCGUCGCAAAGAACCACCAUCGCCCGCGAAAAAUCCGUCGCCGAAACGCAAAUCCGAUGGCGGUUUCGCGAAAAAGCUUGAACCGUAUUUCAAAUUUAAACGUACUAAGGAAAUUUGUAAGAAAUUUCUCGAAAUGGAACGCGGGACGUCCUCCAAUGCGACAACGGCAGAAGCAAAAUCAUCAAAUCCGCUGCCAUCGGUCGAAGCAUUCCUCGAAAAUGAGCGUCGUGCAAACGAAAUUUGCAAAAAAUGUUGCCGUGAAGUCAAUCCGAAGGAGCAGAAAUUCCACCAAAAGGCAUUUAGUCGCACAAAAUCGCUGUUUGUGGCAUCAAAACGUAAAAUUAACGCCUUUGGUCAUCAUGCGAAAAGUACCAAGCCAAAAAUUGAGGAAGUUUUGAGCGAUUCUGAUCCUUAUUGCACGCCCGAACGUGGAAAUACGCCUCAAAAGCCGCCCGAAACGCGUCAUUCCUGGCAUGCAAGUCAAUUCCCGGUCGUGCCAAAGCAUCGCAACGACACGAAAACCUUCAACUACAACGCCCCGUUGCCACAAUCGCCUCAGAGACCGUUGCUCGAUGUCACGCCGCCACGCAACAGUCCGUUACACAUGAAAAUAAAACUUUCCCCGAAGCGCCUGUUCGGCAUGAAUCGUUCGGAUGCUGCAACUUCGACACCCGCAUCGCCAAUUGUGCCGCGUCAAGGCGAUUACAAGUCGUUCGAAGACCAAGAACAGAAUUUAGCAGCUACAAUGGGCGAAAUUUUGUCCCAAUUGAGAAACAUCAUCGAAGGAGACAAAAAUUCUGAGAAGGAAAAUGUUGAAAAAACGAAGCACACUGACGUCGUUGAUGGUGCCGUCGCGCUCAAGCAGCAAAAUAGUCAGACAACAGCCACCACGGAGCCAGAUUACGCCGAAAUUUCACAACAAAUGCAAAUUCAGGUGCACGCGAAUCCCGAAACGCAUCAACGAAUCACGAAAAAGUCUCCGCCCACGUAUCGCAUCGAGCGCAACAACAACGAAUACAUCGUCGUAACGCACGAUCCAAACGCCAUUUACGCCACUGUCGUAAAAAAAGAUGUCAGCAAGUCGAUGUCUCACCUGCAGACAAGGACAGCAAAUGCAGGUACGGCAAAUUCGUCAUCGGCAUCGUCCACGCCAUGCAAACCCGUGCGUACCAAGAACAGUCGUCGUCGUAUAACGUUCCAAGCUACGGCCUCAAAUACGGGUGCAUUCCCGAAAAAUGCAUCAAAUGCAGCAGGUACGUGCUCCAGUGCACUCGAAAAACACCAAAAAAGUAACAGUUGCAGCUCGCUACACUCGAUGGCAGACAAAAAUAUCUCGAAAAAUCUCUUUGGCAGCGACCAGUGUUUGCGCAGGGAACGUUUUCCGCGCAAUUAUCGCCUUGUCCACGAGAAAUAUCAAAAACGCUCGGCCAAAUAUGAGCAGGAAAUCAAGGAAAUUGCGUAUGACACGAACAUCAUGGACCAAUAUCUCGACUCGUUGAACAAGAUUCUCAACAAAAAGCUCAUUGUCGACGACAAAAACAUCAAAAAGGCCACGGAAGACUUUCUCUCGAAGGAAAUUGACGUCGAUAAUCAUCAACGGGCCGCUGACGAGACGAUUUGCGCUGAAAAAGACGUUGAUAAGACGUGCAACGUCGAUGCGGAUCAUCUUUCAACCGGAGGCACAUACAAAUCUUUUGGGUUUCCGCGUCCCGAUGCGAAACGCGCAACCUCCGACGAUCUCCACGAGCAGUCCUUCAGCUUGAACUACAGCAGUGGCGACGUCGACAGUCACAACAACGAAGCUGGCUACGAUACCGUCGACUUCCAACGGUACAAAGAUCAAUUUUUGCAGACGAACGCCGUCGACGAAAUAAUUUGCGACGAAGCGGAAUUCGAUCAGUAUUUCAAUUCGGACGAGAAAGAACGCCAAGUCACAUCGCUAGAUGACACCCUGACAACGGAAUCGACAGCUCCCUCAGCUUCCAGCGGCAGCACGGGGCAAAUUUCGAGCGUUAAUGCGUCGCCAGCAAAAGCGCCCAAUCGUCGCGACAGUCUCUACAGCAGCUUCAAAAAGAGUCUGCGCACGUCAUUUCGUCGCGGACGCGACUUUAUCAAGCAGGAACAGGACAAACUUGUGCAUUUGUUCGACAAAAAUGCCGUGAUCGAUGGCAAAAAUGCAGUUCCCAAGCCAGCACGAAGCUUCGUCAACUUGGAUGAGUACAAAAAAUACUACAACGACCAAAAUGCGGAGCAAAUUUACCGAAAUUGGAGCGAAAAAUUGCAGGAAAGCGACUCAACGGAUCCGCACGAGAAACGAAUGCUCGAAUUAAUUAACACAAUUUCGUCGCAGCGACAAAUUAAGAAGCAACUGAGACACGCGCUCGAAAUUUGUCGUGUUUCGAAGGAGUUUGAUUGUUCGUCGGAGCUCGUGGAAGCCGAACGACUCUUGCUGGUGUCGAAUUUGAAGGAGGCAGCAGCGAAAAAGGAACUUAUGGAGAUGGAAAACAACGUUUAUGCGAAUGUCAAGCAAACGGGCAGCAACAAUAUUGGCAUGAUUGCGCUCAGUGACUUUGAAUUUCCGCUCAAAGAUGCUGCGAUGUACGACACACUUUACAACUACUUCUACAUUUGCGUGGCGACGUACAAGGAUCAAGUGAAAGCGAGUUACGCGAAGGAACGCGAAGGCAACAAAGUCUCGUUCCGCGGUUUUGACAUCAAAUUCUGGGAAGUUGAGCCAGAUUAUCAGAUAAAAAUUGAAGUUUUCGUGCUUUGUUUGCGGAAAAAUAAUCGUGGAGCGGAAAAUCGUCUCAAUUCGACAAAAAGUACGAUCAAGAUGUCGCCUCGUCGAUUCUUUGGAGUGGAAAAGUCGUCGGAAAAGUCUUCGCCCCAAAAGAAGCAAACAGAGUUUCUCGAAUUCUCGCAAUUUGCAUCGCAAGGCUUUUUGUUCAUAACUUCUUCGAGUUUCGUCUCGUACUCGGAGUCGCUAAUUCGACGUCAAAUCCCGGAUGCCAACAUCGACUUGCCUUACUACUCGUCGAGCAAUUUUCACCAAUAUUUGAAGAAAUCCGGCGAUCAUCACAUAAAUUGCAUCGAGGAUUAUCGCAGUUUCCGCAUGAAUCAGAUGAUUUACAACUCGCACAUGACUGGGCAGAUUGAGAUGGCGAUCAAAAGUGAAGUUGUCUUCGAUGGGAGUCAAAUUCAGGGCUUUCUCACAGUCGGCGAGUCCAUUAACGGGACAAUUACGUGGAAUCGAAGAUGGUGCAAAGUUGAUGGUCUUCAGUUGAAUUUUUGGAAUUAUCCGCAAGAAGCUGCUGACGGAAAGCCACCUGUGGAAGUUUUGGACAUCACAAAGUGCGAAAACGACGUAAUUUAUCAGGCUGAUCGAGCAAUUUGUCCUCGUCCGAGAGCGAUUGUCAUCGAGCAAGCCGAUUCCAGUACGACAACGGAUGCAAGACCGGGAUAUUAUUUUCUCGUGACGGACAACAAACAAGAACUCAAAGAUUGGCUGAGGGAAUUGAACAAAAUUUUGAGAUUUGUGCGCGAUUGGAAGUUGUGAAUAGUCGGAAAGUUGGAAACUUUUUUUUUAUUUCGUACAAAGCCAAGAAGAAAAAGCCAGUUUUAUACAGACAAAGUUUAUUUAUGACGUUAAGUAGGUUUAGUUUAGCAAAUAAAAUGAAGUCAAAACAAAAUUAAAUACUUAUUGUUAAAGAUCUCAAACAAUCGUUAAAUUUUUGGAACAUUUUCAAGGUGAAUAAUUUUUAUUUGAAGGUUUUUUAGUCAAAAAAGAUGGAU